AUGACUGAAGCAGGUGGCUGGAGCACGAUUGAAUCAGACGAGGGUGUCUUCACCUCGCUGAUCGAGAACCUCGGUGUCAAAGAUGUUCAAUUCGAGGAACUGAUCUCGUUAGAUGCGGAUACGAUUCGUUCGUUAAGCCCCGUCUACGGCGUCAUCUUCCUCUUCAAAUGGCUCCGCUCCCACCAACCCGAAUCAACCGCCGCCCCAGCAGACGGCACCUACGACCCCUCAGCACCCGACUCGCUCUUCUUCGCCGCGCAAACAAUCCAAAACGCCUGCGGCACGCAAGCCAUCCUCUCCAUAAUCCUAAACCAAGAUACCCCCUCCUCCUCCCCCGAAAACUCCAUCCCGCCCAUCGAUAUCGGCCCCGAACUCCGCUCCUUCAAAGACUUCACGACCGGCUUCCCCCCCGAACUCCGCGGCGAGGCGCUCUCGAACUCGGAAACCGUUCGAACGGCCCACAACGCAUUCUCCAAGGCGAGUCCGUUCGUCGACGAAGUCGCUCGAGGACCGAAUGACGGCGAAGGCGACGUCUACCAUUUCAUCGCGUAUACGCCCGUCAACGGAAAACUGUACGAGUUGGACGGUUUGCAACCGUACCCGAUCAACCACGGAGAGUGUCCUGCGGGCCAGUUUCCCGACAAGGUGAUUGAGGUGCUGCAGCGGCGGAUCGCGCGGUAUCCGGAGGGCGAGACGAGGUUUAAUUUGAUGGCCGUGACGCGGGAUUUGCGGAUCCGGGCGCGCGAGUUCGGGGAUCAGGAGAUGUUGGAGAGGGAGGAGAGGAAGAGACGGGAUUGGGCGUGGGAAAAUACGUUGAGGAGGUCGAACUUUGUGGGAUUCAUUGGGGAGAUCAUGAAGGGGGUUACGGGGAUGAAGGAGAGGGAGGGGAAGUUUGAUGAGUGGGUGGGUGAGGCGCAGGUGGAGACGCAGAGGAAGUUGAUGAGGGGGUGA